AUGCCUCCAUCACGAAAGAGACGUUAUACAGUCGAUGAACAUAUUGCAUCGUCUAGCAACCAUCCUACUGAUUCUUUAUACAUAGACAACGGUGACUGUACCUAUGUGUGUGAAAAUUGCUAUGCCUUAUUUUGGUACGAUGAGCGUGUUAGUGUAAUGUCAUCCAAUCGAGCAUGGUAUAAUCAUUGUUGCAAAAACGGUCAGGUCAAACUUCCAUUUUCUAUGAUUCCUCCUCCGUCGUUGGUCACUUUAUUCGAUCAACCUGAAUUUCUUGCCGAUAUACGUGCUUACAACAGUAUGUUUGCGAUGACGUCUUUUGGUGCAAAAGUUGACGAGUCUAUAAACAUUGGCUAUGGUCCAUACGUUUUCAAAAUUGAAGGUCGGGUUUAUCAUCGGCUUGGUUCGUAUUGUCCUCCACCUAAUGAACGCCCCCAGUUCUUGCAAAUGUAUAUAUACGACACUGAAAACGAGGUAUCUAAUAGGAUGAGCUUCUUUGCUAAUGAAAACCGAACACCCUUAAACUCUGGCAUUGUCACUCUACUUAUUCAAAUUCUUGACAAUACUAAUAAACUGGUUAGACUUUUUAGGAACGCACGGGACCUUUGUCAUUCUUCUGAUAUACUGACUUUUUCGAUUCGUCUAUACAAUUCCUAUAACUCUUCGCGUUAUGGCAAUCCUACUCCAGGCUGUAUAGGUGCAAUUUUGAGUGACUUAGAUCCCGAGUCUGACGGUUACGACAUUGUUAUACGUCACAGGGUCAACGGACCUCAACGAAUAAACACUCUACAUCCGUUGUACAUGCCCUUGCAAUAUCCUCUAUUGUUUAUACAUGGUGAAAGCGGUUGGUCUCAUAAACUACGCCUAACUGGUGACGAGCAAGCGAAAGAUAAGAAAAUAACAAUGAACAUGUUCUAUAGCUACCAAUUACACGACCGACUUAAUCUGUAUACUUUGAUCCUAAGAGGCGGUCGCCUUUUUCAACAAUACAUUGUUGAUGCGUAUGCUUGCAUAGAACAAGAUAGACUUAAUUAUUUUCGAUAUAAUAAAAAUGCCCUUCGAAAUGAAUUCCUUCAGGGUAUACAUGAUGCGGUUAUGCGUGGUGAUAGUAAAGGAAAAGACAUCGGCAAACGAAUUUUUUUUCCAUCGACAUUUACUGGCGGUCCUCGCUAUAUGUAUAAACAUUAUCAAGAUGCAUUGGCGAUAUGCAGAAUUCAUGGAAAUCCACAGUACUUUAUUACAUUUACAUGUAAUGUCAAAUGGCCAGAAAUUUGUAGAUACAUGGAUAGAUUUCCAGCGUUAAAAGCCGAAGAUCGUCCAGAUAUUAUAGCAAGGGUCUUUCACAUGAAAUUGCUUUCCUUAACGAACUUUCUCAAAACGCAGAAACCAUUUGGAAAAGUUUCAGCAGAUCUAUACACAAUAGAAUUCCAAAAGAGAGGUCUUCCUCACUGCCAUCUCUUAUUAUGGAUUGAUCACCCAAAUAAGAUAAAAGACGCCAGCCAACUGGAUGAAUACAUAUCUGCAGAGAUUCCAGAUCCAAUUACCGACCCAAUUCUAUAUAGGAUAGUAACUGAAUCUAUGAUGCAUGGACCUUGCGGAAUCGCAAAAGAUGACGCCCCAUGCAUGUCUACAGGAUCAUGCUCAAAGAAAUUCCCAAAGGAAUAUCAAAUGGUAUUUACAUUUGACAAAAAUGGUUACGCACGUUACAAGAGACGUCGAACUUCUCACUUUGUCCAAAAGAAUGGAAUUUUCUUAGAUAACAGUUACGUUGUACCCUACAAUCCAGCUUUGUUACUGCAUUUUCAUGCCUAUAUAAAUGUGGAAUACUGUGGAUGGAAUAUGCUAAUAAAGUACCUCUUCAAAUACAUAUCGAAAGGAGCUGAUCGUAUAAAAUUCGCUAUUACAAAAAAUCCCUCUACCAUUGCUGAUAUUAGGACAAAUGCUCCUGUUGAAAUUGAUGAAAUCAAAAACUUUGUAGAUAGUAGAUUUAUCUGUCCUCACGAAGCGACAUGGAGAAUUUUUGAUUUCAUAAUACAUUAUCGAAAUCCUCCCGUACAGGUCCUUGCUGUUCAUCUUGAAAACAUGCAAAACGUCACAUUCAGAGACAAUGAACAACUUCACAAUGUCGUGUCUAAUCCAUAUGCAAAAGCCACUACUUUAACAGAAUGGCUUGCAAAUAAUAAUAUUGAUGCCAACGGACGCGAUCUACGCUAUGUUGAUUACCUUUCUGAAUACCGAUGGGUGCAAAACGGAAAACACUGGAAACGUAGAGUCACAGACAGAACACCAGCUAUAGGUCGACUAAUAUAUGUCCAUCCAUCCGCUGGUGAGGCAUUUUACCUCCGAAUAAUGCUGUCACAUCAAAAAGGUUGUCGUUCCUUCGAGGACAUAAGAACCGUAGGUGGUGAAUUACUUCCAACAUUUCGAAGUGCAUGUGAGAAACUUGAACUGCUUGGAGAUGACAACGAAUGGUUCACUGCAAUUGAAGAGCAACAGUGGAAGAAAUUUGAUGACGACGCAUCAUAUACACAACAUAUAGUCAAUGAUGAAGACCAAAUGCAAUACGUUCUGUAUGAAAUUGAAUUAUUAUUACGUUCAGGAACGUCAGCUACCUCAUUGUCAGCGUUCGGAUUACCCAUGCCAAAAGCAGAAAUGCUAGCAGCUUUAACAAAUAGACUCCUCAUGGAAGAGAAAAAUUACGAUAGGAAAAAACUAACAGAAGACCAUGACUCAUACUAUGCUACUCUUCACCCAGAACAGAAGCUUAUAUAUGAAUAUGUGAUGACGAGUCUGAGAAGGAACGAACAGGUUUUGUCCUUUGUAUAUGGACAUGGUGGCACUGGAAAAACCUUUCUAUGGAAAACAUUAAUUUCCGGUCUACGUUCCAAAGGUAAGAUUGUUCUGGCAGUUGCUGCAUCAGGUAUUGCAUCGUUGUUACUCCCUUCAGGAAGAACGACUCAUUCACAUUUCAAAAUACCGCUAGAUCUUACUGAUAGUUCAUUGUGUAAUAUAAAGAAAAACACACAGCUCGCCCAACUACUAAUAGAAACAACACUCAUAAUUUGGGACGAGGCACCAAUGAAUGAUCGUAGGUGUUUUGAGUCCUUGGACAAAAGCCUGAAGGAUCUAACAGGCUGUACGGAUCAACCAUUCGGUCAUAAAUCAAUACUUCUAGGAGGGGAUUUUCGCCAGACGCUACCUGUUAAAUGCAAGGCAUCAAAAACAGAAAUCCUAAACUCAUCCUUGCCUAGAUCACAUCUGUGGAAAUAUUUCAAGGUUUACAGAUUAACCGAAAAUAUGCGCUUACAAAGACCAAACAUAGAUAUAACAAGUACACUUGAGGUGGAAACAUUCUCACAAUGGUUACUUGCUGUCGGAAACGGAGAAUUAGGCAUCCCUGAAAAUGAUGGCCCAUGCAAUGCCAAGAAAAUCGAAAUUCCGCCACAAUACAUGAUACCUCCACAUGUUUCAGCACUCCAAGAACUAAUCGGAUUCAUUUAUGACAAUAUUACUCUUGAAAACCCAACAAUACUAAAUCUUUCUGAAAAAGCAAUAGUGUGUCCAAAAAAUGAAACUGUCCAUGAAAUAAAUAUGAUGGUUCUGAAGAAGACGGCUGGAAAUAGCAAAAUUUACUUAAGUACGGACUCAAUAAUCCUAAACGCUGGUUGUGACGGUGAUUCCGGCCUGCUGUAUCCACCUGAAUACUUACACAUGUUAAACUUCAAUGGUAUACCACCACAUCAACUCGAAUUGAAGAUCAAUGCUCCCGUUAUACUUAUGCGUAACAUUAGUCCAAUUUAUGGCCUAUGCAACGGAACAAGAUUGAUAAUUACACAACUUUUAUCAAGAGUUAUUGAGGCAGAGAUAAUGACUGGAACAGCAAUAGGCUGUAAAGUUUAUAUACCCCGCAUCACUUUGACGCAUACAGAUAACGAGCUUCCAUUUACUUUGAAAAGGAAACAAUUCCCGUUGAAACUUUGUUAUGCAAUGACAAUAAACAAAAGUCAAGGUCAAUCACUAAAAAAAAUAGGCAUUUAUCUUCCACAACCUGUUUUUGGCCAUGGUCAACUCUACGUAGCACUUUCAAGAGCAACAUCUCCACAAUCCCUCAAACUUCUAACUAUUCCACAACCAAAUGAACCUGCAAACUUAACCAGAAACAUAGUUUAUUCAGACCUUUUAACAGAAAUAGAUAAUACUUUUAACCAUAAUUAA